AUGAACUCGAUCAGGGUUGUGCUAGCUGUGGUGGUGACAAAGGGAUACGUCACUGAGCAGCUGGACGUAGACACGGCGUUCUUGAACAGUGAUCUCAAGGAAGAGGUGUACAUGGAAGUGCCAAAUGGCAUAGCUAAUGCGGAGAAGAUGAUGUGCAAGUUGGACAAGGAAAUCUACGGUCUCAAGCAGGCUGCAAGUGCGUGGAACAAGACAAUCCAUGCUGUAUUCUUACAGAUCGGAUUUCGUAGCAGCGGAGCAGAUCAGUGUAUCUACGUCAAGCAUCGAGAUGACAACUAUGUCUAUGUUUGUCUCUACGUCGACGACAUGAUCAUCGCCGCCAAGACCAGCAGGGAGAUUCAAGAGGUCAAGACAGCACUCAAGAGCUCAUUUCGUAUGAAGGAGCUAGGCAAGGCUAAAUUUAUUCUUGGCGUGGAGAUUGAUCAUGACCACAACUGCAGUAAGCUGAUGAUUCGACAGACUCGAUACAUCGAUGAUGUGGCCAGCCGUUUUAAUCAAGAGGACGCAAAGGCAGUGGUCAACCCAUGCGAGUCCGGCCUGAAGCUGUCAGAGAAGCAAUCCCCAACGACGGAUGUCGAUAGAGCAUAA